AUGGCCACCUCGUACCGGUCGCGACUACGUACCCCAUACCGCAUCUCUUUUGUAACCUAUUCAACGUCACUCCCGACAUGCUCCGUCGUUCUGCUGCUAUGUCUGCUCGUUCCCGCCGUCACGUCGCUUGCCCCGAAGCCCAAGCGAGACCUCUGCGACCUGUCAAACGGGGCGUGGAUACGCUCCCCUAAGCGUUUCCCACGCUACACCACUGUCGCCGGCCGCCCGAAAUCGUGUCCGUUCGCGCGGUCGUCGUACGCGUGCGAACGCAACAACCGGCCCGACCUGCGGUACCGCGAGUACCGGUGGCAGCCGUUCGAUUGCCCCAUCAGCUACUUCUCCUCGUCCGGCUUCCGCUUUCUCAUGCGCGAUCGGCGGAUGCUACUGGUGGGCGACUCGAUGAUGUCGAACCUCUUCGAGGCGCUGCUCUGCUCCAUCAGCAGCGUGGGGUACGAGGGACAGUACUACUUCACGCCCUACAUUGUGCGCACCAGUCGCCGCUCCAUCCGCAACAAAGCCACGGGCAAAGACGCCGGCAAGGGCGGGCACGGGUUUGAUGUGUACGUGGAUGAGAUGGACCCUGUGCUGGAGCACGUGCUGGCCAACUACUCCGCUGUCGUCUUCCACUCGGGGGAGCUGGUCAAACACAACCUGGGGUUGAGCAAAGUGAUGGAGCCGCAUGGGUGGGUUCUUGUGGUGCUCGCAUGCCUGCCUCGAGCACCUUUGUGCACUCAAGCUGAUAGGAGUUGGCGCGUCGUCGAUCUAGGAAGCUCGAACGGAACGUCACUCAACGGCGUUCAUCUGCAAGAAGGUCGCGAGCGUCCUCUGUCUGAUGGAGAUGAGAUUCGGUUCGGCCCGUUUACGAUCGUCCGCGUGCACUUACGCCCUUCUCCGCAUCACGGAUCCACCGUGCGUGACAUGCUGCAACAGCAGAUGGAGUGGCGGCUUUGCCGUCUCGAGGAGCAAGCAGCCACGAUGGAGGAGCAGAUGCGGCAAGAUAUGGCAACGCUGAAAACCAGUUUGGCUUGA